AUGUCUGCCCCUGCCGUUGCCCAACAUCAUCAUCGUGGGUCGGAUCCCAACAACAACAACACGGCGGAGUACCUCAACCCGCUGGAGCUGCAGUGGGAGCGGGCGGAGGAUCUUCUCGCCGACGGCAAACGCGCCGAGGCCCGCCGGGUGCUGGAGGCCCUCGUCACCACCGCCGUGGAGGCCGACGCGGUGGAGGAGCUGCGAGUGAAGGAGCGGGCGGUGUAUCGCCUCGCCGAACUCCUCAGCGUCGAGAAGGAUGUGGAGGCCCUCUUGCAGCUGCCAGCCUCCGUGCGGCCCUUCUUUGCGCAACUGCCAAAGGCGAAAACAACACGAAUGGUGCGGAAGUUGUUUGAUCACAUUCUCACCAGCGGCGCCCCACUCGAACGACAAAUGGAAGUUUGUCAUGAAAUGAUUGCAUGGGCUCGACGGGAACGACGUACAUUUCUGCGGCAACGUUUACAACACCGAUUGGCGGAAUUGCAAUUCGCCCAACACGCACCGCAGGAUGCCUUGUCGACAUUACAACCACUCCUACGAGAAGUACGUCGAUUAGAUGAUCGUGCACUUCUUUUGGAUAUUCAUUUACUUGAAAGUCGUAUUUACUUCGCCGUACAUAAUAUCAGUAAAGCACGUGCCGCUCUUGUGGCUGCACGUACGAAUGCCAACAGCAUUUAUUGUCCACCACUCGCACAGGCGGAGAUUGAUCUUCAAAGUGGUGUCCUACAUGCAGAGGAACAUGAUGCCAAGACUGCCUUUUCAUACUUAUAUGAAGCCUUUGAAGGAUUUCAUCAACUCGGAGAUCAAGCACGACAGGCACGUAAAGCUUUACAUUAUAUGAUUCUUGCAAAAAUUGCGACAGAUACUCCAGAUGAACUUUCAGCCCUUUUAAGUUCAAAGAAUGUAUUGGAAUACAGAGGAAGUGAUAUGGAUGCCUUACGAGGAGUGGCAGAUGCAUAUAAUGCCCAGGAUACACAUUUAUUUAAUCGUAUCAUGCAAGAAAAUCGAGGGGCGGCAUUUCUUGAAGAUGAUGUUUUACAAAGAAGACUAACAGAGAUGUAUAAUAGUCUUUUGGAACGUCAUUUACUGAAAUUACUGGAACCCUACAGUCGUGUACAGAUUUCUUAUCUUGCGGAAUUGUUAAAAUUGGAUGUGGAUGCGGUGGAAUCACAUGUAUCUCAACUCAUUCUGGAUAAAAAAUUGGCUGGUAUUGUGGACCAACAGCAUCAAUGUGUGGUGAUAUUUGAUGAACAGGAUGAGAAACGAGCCAAAGCCCGAAAAGAAGAAGCCGCAGCGGCUGGAAAUAAAGAAGCAGCAGGAGGAGGAGCCGCAUCCUCUUCCUCAGCAGCAACACCAGGAAUGCCAGCAAUGGAAGGAGAAAAAGAGAGUACAACAUUAUAUCAAGAUGCCCUCACAGCAUUAGAAAAGUAUGAUCGUCUUGUGACUGCCUUGUUUGAUAAGGCAAAUGGAAAAUUUGAUGCUCUUGUGGAGGAAAAUAUGGCGAAGCGUACGGCAGGAAGAAAGGAUGAUAAGAAUAGUAAAAAGAAGAACGAUUCCAACACAGAUGAAAAGGGAAAUGAGGGAAAAGAUAAAAAGAACACCAACAACAACAAUAGGAAUAACAAGGAUGAUAACACUAGUGGUAGCAAUAAUAACAACAACAAGAGUAGCAGCAGUAAAGAUAAGGAUAACAAGAAAAAUGAUAGUUAA